AUGACCGAUAACAAAAUUCAGACUGUUGUUUUGGUUAGUGGAGAAGGCGAGAAGUUCACGGUGGAGCGAAAGAUUGCUGAACGUUCGUUAUUGCUAAAAAACUAUUUGAAUGAUAUGCACGAUAAUCAGCUGCAUGACGAUAGCAGCGAGGAUGAGGAUGAUAACGAUGAUAAUGAUAAUGGCGGUGCAAAUGGUACAGCCGAUGAUGACGACGAUGAAAUAGUGAUGCCCGUACCCAAUGUGAGAUCCUCAGUGCUGCAGAAAGUUAUCGAGUGGGCAGAACAUCAUAAGGACUCUAAUUUUCCUGAUGAAGAUGACGAUGAUUCCAGAAAAUCCGCUCCUAUAGACUCCUGGGAUCGUGAAUUUUUAAAAGUUGAUCAAGAAAUGCUGUAUGAAAUAAUUCUGGCAGCAAACUAUCUAAACGUCCAACCAUUACUUGAUGCCGGUUGUAAAGUAGUCGCCGAAAUGAUUAGGGGAAGAUCUCCGGAAGAAAUAAGAAGAACCUUCAACAUCGUCAACGAUUUCACACCAGAAGAGGAAGCAGCCAUCAGACGCGAGAACGAAUGGGCUGAAGACCGUUAG